AUGUGGCAGCCAGCAGUUGUGAUACUGUUCAAAUUGGUAGAUGGUGUGCGCUCGAACACGAGAAUGGGGAUACCAAAACAAUGCACGAAGCGCACACCACAAAGGAAGGAAAGGAACUGGAAAAGCCGUGCCACUCUCGAGAACGCGAUGCGAAGAUUUGAAUGGGAUGACGUGGGAGUGAAAGUUGCCAGCCCGCAUUUACACCAUCUUCGUUUCGCUGAUGACAUUGUUCUUAUAACAUCAAGCAUAAAUCAAGCGGAACGAAUGCAGGCCGAAUUUGAUGAGACGUGCAAAAAGAUCGGUCUUCAGCUGAAUCUACGAAAGACGAUGUUUAUGGGGAACGGAUAG